UUUCCACCAAAAACUCUUGACAUAGUCCCAGGCAUAUACACGUUUAGGACAAAGUCGUUGACAUUCGUGCGCCGAUACUCAUCGACACGUCCACGGCACAUCCUGUAAUCCGCUGUCCGUAGGAUCAGCUCUUCCUGUUGUAUCCACCGGAAGACACACCUCACCACACCCAACCUUCCUUUACGGAACAGAUGGUACUAAUAUUGUCCGUCUUUCUCGCUUUUUCUUCCUCACGAUGUCACCAGUAAGUGUACAUGAUACUGUGAGUAGCGAAAGUCGACGGCAAUGCGCUCUCGAGGGCUGCGACUGUGACGUGUCGCAUUUCAUUGAUGGUGACGGUGACGGAGUCCCCGUUUUCGAGCCGACGAUUGCUCAAAUCGAGAAUUUUGAGGCGUUUUUGGAAAAGGUUCACAUCCACGGGAUCGUAUACGGCGCAAUCAAGAUUGCAACGCCCAGCGGCUUUGCCGACCUGAAUUCUACUUACAAAAAACGCGUACAGGCCCAUCUGAACCAUGUUUCGACGCGUCCGGGGACGACUGACUCGAGGCCGGAUGCUUCCCUAGGCAUCCACUGGUUCGAACAACAAAUAAAACGGCGUGGCGAGUACUUCGAGGUCACAACGUCUGACCAAACGGCGAGUGAGUCUGUCUCCACGGCUUCGACGCCGACGAGCGCCGGCGUCCAGCAGGACGAACGGUCAACGACGCCGGAACAAGGCAUCGCUCGGGCCAUUUUGCUCUACUGGCGCACAUUGACACACGAAAAAUCUGUCUGCGGGCUCUGCACCCUCCCACAGUGGGCCUUCGACCCUCAAAAUGGCAAACGACAGCAUUGGUGGGCAUCAUGGCUGCAGCAACUGGUACGGGCACAGUUUGCACAGAGGCACGCCGCCUCAACGAACGGCGCAGAGGAGGAGGAAGCAGCUCGUGCGUCGGGAACGACGUAUGUCGGCCGUUGGAAAACCACAUUGCCUUGUCGGUGCGAAGCACCGCAAUUGUGCGCCGCUCAUAUGCAUUGCGGGGGCUCUGCGCUUCAGUGGUAUGUGAUUCCUCCUUCCCAAAACGAAAAGUUCCAGGCUUUGGCACGACGUCUUGCUCGGGAAGAGGCCUGGGAAUGCGAAGACUUUCUACUGCACCAAACAACGCUGUUUCCUCCCUCUUCUCUAUCUAAAAAUGGUAUAACGGUACACUCCUUUCUUCAACAUGCAAAUGAAUUUGUGCUCACGUUCCCCGAUACCUUCCACAGUGCCUUCUUCCUUGGCAAUGCGAUGCUCCACCGUCUUGCGUUCACUUCGAAAUGUCAAAAUCGUUUCGACUAUGUCAGAAACAUGCAGUUCAGCUCACAACAGACGUGGCCUCAUAUCCACCACCCAAAACUUGCUUGUCCAGACCCUUUCCAGUUCCAGCCUCCGUCUAAUCCCGAUCUUUUGCACAUUGUAGACGUUUCCCCAGUUCAUUCUCCAUCUCGACCUUCUCUUCCUUAUGCGCCCUAUCCCAACGCAUCUGCGGUUAUGCCAGGUAAUGUUGAGUUUCUCGACUCUUCACCAACAUCGUCACUCUUUCCUAUACCUUAUUCUACUACUACUACUACUACUACCUCUGCAGCCGCACCUGCAACCGUGUCUUCUGACUCCCCGAACCAUUCUCUGAGUGCAUCUAAACAUCCAGUACUUUCACAAACGCCAAAAUCCCUACCACCUUCACCUCCUUUACUACCUCACCCGACUCCGAUUCCGCUCUCUGAGCUGUGGAAUCCCAAUCCGAAACCUCUCCCCUCCCUGUCUGUCACGGCGACGGUGCCUUCCUCGGACACGAAUGUUGCGAAACCGAAUAGCCCUCAAGCACAACAACCGCCAUUCACAUAUACCCCUCUAGUGCCCGCUGUCCAGCAGCACCCUCUCCAUCCGCCUCCCAUCCGUGGCCUGCCCAUCCCAGUCCGUUUUGCUCGAGGGCCUGUAUUCUGGGGCCGGGUGUUGGAAGACCGGCCGGACGAGCACAUGUUGCUGCUAGAGUGCGAAAAUGCAGAAAUGCUCGAGGUUUCCUAUGACCAUGUCUUGGCUCUUUCUGGACCCGCCGAACAGCACGACUCCUCGUACUUUAAUCCAAAAAUUAAAGUCCCGAACAUUCGUUUCGUAGACGGAGUGCCGGUCAACUGGCACGACUUUGACAAGCUUCCAGACUUGGAUCGCUUUAUCUUGCCGGAGCUUCUACCAGGGCAACCCAUACGUGUCCGUGCGGUACCUUCCACAGCGCCGUCCCCUAAGCCGCAAGCAACAGCUGCAGACACAGAGGCCAACGCUUCCGUUCGGGAUCAAUCAUCUCUUGUACAUACAAAUAUAUCACCAGAAACGGAGGGAAGAGAAGAUGGACAUUCGCUUCCAGCAACACCCAAGCUUCCUUUAGGAGAAGCAGCUGACCAAAAACAUCACACUUUAGCUACCACCGAUACUGACAUGACGGCCAUGACGCUAGACGAGAACAUGGGUGACGAAGAGGAACUCGUAGUGGAUAGUGAGCUUCUUGACCCUGCAUUCGCUGACAAUGUGCUAGGGUCCACGGAUUACACUAUAUCCCUUCGCGUACCCACUAGCAGACCCGCCGGCACUCAGUCUUCGAAUUCGUCUUUGCACAUGGAAGACGUACAGCUUUCGUCUGCGGUUGCUGACGACGAAGAGGCAAAUCGAGAGUAUUUCUCGUCGUUGGAUGCCUAUUCAUUUGAAGAAGACGAUACGAAUGCGACUAAUUUCUCACUGUUUCCUACUCUCGAUUAAAAGCAGAUGAGCGCUUUCCAAUCUUCUAUUGUCAAAACGUUCGGUUCUGCGUUGUUUUUGUUCUUUAUUUUUUUAUGAACCAUUUAAUGAAAGCUCUUCUUCCUACAUGAGUAUUAAUGGAGACUAUGUAAACUGGA